AAAUCUCGAGUCUGCAAUCCGGAAAUAUUGAGACCGUGUUUACAUCUGUUGGCUGGGAGUCGCAGGCUGAGGUGGUAAGGCAGCGAAAAGCCUUUACUAGCAACUAGCAGCCCAUACAGCCUUCAACAUGCCCACGGGUGGCGAGGAGGUAUUCUCCAACCCCUUGGCUCCCCCCGGGGAGGCCCUGAUGGAUGACAGGCCGCAGCGACUGACCAAUGCAGACUUCCGUAAGCUGCUGAUGACGCCUCGUGCCCCGGCUGGCAGCCAGAAGGAAACUGUUGCCUCCACAGGGACCAAGACACCAGGUACUGAGCCACCCACACAACGCCGGGAGAAUAAGGAUGAUGCUCGAGCCGCUGAGAGGAAGAAGAAAAAAAGUUACUAUGCAAAAAUUAAGAAGGAGGAGGAGGAGAAAAUGGCUGAGCUUGCUGAGAAGUAUCGAGACCGAGCCAAGGAACGUCGGGAAGGCAAGAACCCAGAUUACCAAGCUGAGGACCCCUCCCAGGCUGGCAUGGGUGGCUACCGGGCUGUGGCUCCUGACCUCAAGUCGGGCCUUGAUGCUGCUGAACGUCGUAAGCAGAUGAUCCAGGAGUCCAAAUUCUUGGGUGGUGACAUGGAGCACACUCACUUGGUGAAGGGUCUGGAUUAUGCCCUGCUGCAGAAGGUGCGCUCAGAGAUCCAACUGAAGGAGUCUGAGCUCAAGAUAGAGAUGGAUCGGUCUGCCCCAGACGUCCCCAAGGAGAAGAAGCCACCUCCUCCUCCUCCCCCUCCUACAGUUGCCCCAGUGCCACAGGAAGAUGAUGAACUUGUGUUCAAGACCAACAUGGGGCGGCGCAUCUUUGGCAGUAUCUUCAAUACCAAGCCAGCAGAGUUUAAUGACCUUUUCCUGACGGGCCGCAUGGCAUACGCUAUUGAUUUGGAUGACGAUGUAGCAGAGAGUGACAUCCCCACAACUGUUAUUCGCUCUAAGGCUGACCUCCAGGGGAUUGAGAACAUGCAAGCAACCUUCACCACCAAUGACAUCGUUAUCCAAAAGCUGACACAGAUUCUGUCUUACCUUCGCACUGGACGAGCCAACAAGAAACAAAAGAAGAAGGACAAGGGGAAGAAUGAAUCAGCCAACCGAGCAGCAGCUGACGACAGUAUCUAUGGAGACAUCGGGGAGUACGUGCCAUCAGUGGGCAAGGCCAGUGAGCGGGAGAAGGAACGUGGAGAUAGAGACAGAGACCGGGACAGGGGUAGAGACCGAGACCGAGACCGUGAGCGAGACCGUCGUGACAGAGACAAGGAAAGAGGAGACCGAGAGAGGGACAGGGACAAGGAUCGCCGAGACCGUGACAGGGAUCGUGAUCGAGACCGGGACAGGCAUGACCGUGACAGAGAGCAUGACAGGGAGAGGAAACCCCGUUCAUACUUCAGUCGCUCUGCCCAUGAGGAGGUGAAGAAUGAGAUGCGUGCAGCUGAGGAGAGGCUGCAGGCACAGUGGCCCACUGCCAAUGACAUCAAGGUAGACAAGCAGGUUUCUCAGCUUACCCAGCCAGCAACACAGAUACCCCAACAGCAGCAGCAGCAGCAGCCUCAACAGCCGCCGCAAAUGGCAACCCAGCAUGCCCAGCAGAACCCGAAGCCAGUCAACAGUCUCCUGGCAGGGAAUGACUACUACACAGAAUGCUACCCAGGCAUGGCAGAGAUGCAGGAUGCUAUUGAUGAUUCAGACGAUGAGGCUGACUACACCAAGAUGGACAUGGGCAACAAAAAGGGUCCUGUGGGUCGCUGGGACUUUGACACCCAGGAGGAGUACAGUGACUACAUGAACCAGCGGGAGGCCAUGCCCAAGGCUGCCUUCCAGUACGGUGUGAAGAUGGCUGAUGGCAGGAAGACUCGCCGCAUUGGGGGGAACAAAGAGAAGGACCGCAAUGCUGAGCUCAACAGAGAAUGGCAGCAAAUUCAGCAGAUCCUGAAGCGCCGCAAGGACACUGAUGGUGGUGGAGGAGGACCGGAGAAGGCAGCAAGAUAUGACUACUGAUGUGAUUAAGAUUGUGUGGGGAAAAAAAAUAUUGUGUAAAAUUGUGAAUAAAGCAUUGUUUCUUGAGGUGGGGAGUACAAACUUUAUUCAACAAAGUAUUGUCAUAAGAUAAAGCAAAGAAAUUAUUUAAAGAUCUAUGUAGAGUUCUGUGUAUUAAUCAGAUGAGUGAUGAUAGAACACUGAAAUGAUAAUUUUGUGUAUAUUUUUUUAUCAAUUAAUUAAUUAAUUAUUAUUAUUUUAUUUAUUUAUUUUUUUAGGGGGCGGGGAUUGUAAAAAAAAAAAAAAAAAACGAAUAUGCACCCUGUAUCAAUAGUGUUGGUAGUACAUAUUUAAGUUAGAAAUUUCAAACGGUAGUCCUGUCAAGUAAUUAACAGGCAGGUUGGCUCUGUACAACAUAAGCGUUGGACAAUGUACUAUGCGCUUAUUAACUUUAGUACAUUUGUGCUAUGUUUGAUCCAGUGAAUCUAGUAUAUUUUAUUGAUUUUUUAUUAUUUUUAUUAUUACCUUUAAGGAGACAAGCGAAGGCAAAAAUAAAUAUAUACUAUAAACUACUGA